UCCACUCAUCGCCGCCGCCGCUCCACCGAAUCCACAUCGGGAUCCAUCCCGCAUCCACCUUGUCUUCAGCCACAACCAACCAGAGCAGGGCUCGACCUUCUCUGCCCGAUCCACCCAACCGGUCUCCACCUUCCCCUUGAUCCAUUCCAUCGCCCGAGCUCCUCCUUCCCCGAAGCAACUCCUCGUGCGCCCUUCCUCGACUCUGCUGCCUCACCGGACCCGGACCUCCCUGCGACCAAGCUCGCCGGAGUGCCACCAGGCCACUUCCCCAUGCCCAGAUGCUCCACCGCUGCCUUGCUUCGUCCUCUUCGUCCUCCCGCAGUGGAAUAGCUCCCGAGCUCGUGGAUGCCCGGCGCCCGAGGCCUCCUGCCUCCCUGAUGCUCGUCGCCCCGAGCCCCAGUGCUCCAAGGACGAACAAGAGGAGCCCCGUUCGCGCCAUGGAUCCCUGCCUCGUCGGAUCCAAGGUGGAUCCAUCCGUCCCCGCCGUUUCCCGCGACCCGGAUCCGCCGCCGCCUGCCGUUUCUUGCCUCUGCCUCGCGCUAUGCUCGCCCGAGCCUCACCUCCAGGACCCCCACCAUCGCCGGAGCAGACCAGCGCCCCGCCGUCGUCGACGACCGAACCAUCAGGCCGUCCCCUGGCCCUUGCCUUUUCUUUCGGUUUCUCCUCGCUGUCUCUCCUUUCUAAACUCUGUCGCUCUCUGCGUUUGUUCACAGGAGCAUGCCCCGCAUGGCCGCGCGCCCGUGCCGACCUUCCCUCGCCAGAUCCAGCGCUCCACCUCGCCUCGCCGUCCCUGUCGCCAAGUCCGUCCACGGUCGUCGCCCCCUGCAUCCUCUGCUUCGAGCAGGAGGACAAGCGCUCGCCCGCGUGCGUUGACCGCGUCCCGCGACCGCGACCCCCAAGCCGGCCUCUUCACCCGCCAGCCCAGCCAGAUCCAGCCCAACUUCCGAUAACGUCGCGUUUGUGAGGAUUUGUUCGAAUUCGUCCGUUUGUCUUCUUCAUGGACUCGUUCUUCUUCCUAGCGGAAUCUCAGGCAAGAUGACCAUACCCUCAAAAUCAC